AUGGGUCGCUCUCUUUUUAAAAAGUUGCUUUUUGACGACUCAGACGAGGAUGAAAUAAUGAGGCGAAUUCUUAAAGGUUCAACAGUACAACGUAAACGUCGUCGGUAUAUCGAACGUGAUCGUUUGGCAGGCCAUAAAAGACUUUAUCUCGACUACUUUGCUGACACACCAGUAUAUCCUCCUAAUUUAUUUAGGAGGAGAUUUCGGAUGAGUCGAUCCCUUUUUCUCCGUAUUCAAUCUAGGGUAGAAACUUAUGAAUCUUAUUUUAUCCAAAAAAGAGAUGGUGCCCAAAAAUGGGGUUUAUCUUCUCUUCAAAAGAUAACAGCUGCACUUAGGAUGCUUGCGUAUGGAGUUACAGCUGAUUUUAUGGAUGAGUAUGUGCGGAUUGGAGAAUCCACUGCAAUGAAAAGUCUAAAAAAAUUUGUUAAAGCGGUGGUUGAUAUUUUCUCCAAGGAAUACUUGAGGUCUCCAAACAACGACGAUAUUGCUAGACUUUUAGCCAAUGGGGAAAAACGUGGAUUUCCAGGGAUGCUAGGGAGCAUUGAUUGCAUGCAUUGGAAAUGGAAAAAUUGUCCAGUUGCAUGGAAAGGUCAGUACUCUGGUCACAUUCAUGAGCCAACCAUUGUUUUGGAAGCAGUGGCAUCUUAUGAUCUUUGGAUAUGGCAUGCGUUUUUUGGGUUACCUGGGUCAAAUAAUGACAUUAAUGUAUUAGAACGGUCUCCUAUAUUUUCUGAGCUUGAACAAGGACGUGGUCCUGCGGUUCUUUGUGUCUUGCCCCUUGGCCAGCUUCCAGAUCUUAUUAGAGUUUAUUGUUUAUUGGAAGUGUAA